AUUGACAUUGACAUUUAAAUGAUGCCGAGAAAUAAGAAAUUUUUAUUGUAGUGUUUUUUAAUUAAAUCCCAUUAUUUCUCUUUUAAACGCUUAAAUUCAUAAAUGUAUUAAUGUGGAUUUUUCCAGCAAUUGUUUACAAACAAUAGUACCAUUUUAAUUUGAUUAGAAAAAGCCCUUUUGUUCCGUUUUCAGAAUGAUGAUGUCUUUAGUGGAGUUACCUUAUAAAAGUGAAUAUUAUAAAAUUUAACACAAAACUGGAGAAAUGAAAUGAGUCAUUUCUUUCGAGAAUGUUACCCGCUCAGCAAGAUGUCCUUAACAUUGUUCAAGCUAAAUUUUUGGCAGCAGAGGUAGUGAAAACUAUUCAUUUAAAUGUUUCAGUGGUGGAUGGUCCCUUAGAAAACGAUAACAGGAUUCUGACUUUAGUUGAAUAUAACAAGUCCUUUGCAUUAUUUGUUUUAGUAUCAUCUCGUAUACAGCCCAUUAGCUUUUCAGAUCUAUCAAUUGAAAGUGUCAUCCCAUUAGAUCAAAAUUUCUCCUUUGAAACAGAACCAGUUAGUGGUCAGAAUUAUGUAAUUCUUAUUAUACGUUAUAAGCAAAACAAGUACGAAUUUAAAAUUGAAAUUGGCAAAGAGAGCUGUAAUUUUGCUGCAGAAAUCAUUCAUGCAAAAGAAGUUUCCUUAACUGGUGCAUCAAAUUUCACUUGGCUGGAGAAAUACUUUGGAACCAUGAAUCAAGCAAAUAGAAAUUCAGAAACUUCUAUUUCCGACCAGUCUGAUUUUGUAUUAAUACGAGAAGGAAUGGCUCAAGGACAAGCUUCAAUAAAUAGGGAAUCUAUGCUGAAAUAUCAGAUGAAAUUAAGGGAACCAGAGUUUACACAGAAACAGGAAUUUACUAUUUUUGUGGGAACGUGGAAUGUUAACGGUCAACCUCCAAGUGCUUCCUUAAAAUCAUGGCUGAGUGUUGAUGAAAAACCUCCGGAUCUGUAUGCAAUAGGUUUCCAAGAGAUUGAUUUAAGUAAAGAAGCAUUUAUUUUUAAUGAUACUCCGAGGGAGGCAGAAUGGCAAAAGUGUGUUAUGGAUGGAAUUCAUCCCAAUGCAAAAUAUAGGCUUGUGGCUUUAGCAAGACUAGUGGGUAUGCAGCUUGCUGUUAUGGUGAAUAAUCAACAUUACCAGUAUGUAAAAAAUGUUUCUUUUGACACUGUCGGAACUGGACUGUUAGGAAAAAUGGGAAACAAAGGCGGUGUAGCUGUUAGAUUGGAACUCCACAACACGUCCCUCUGCUUCGUUAACUGUCAUUUAGCAGCUCACGUUGAGGAAUAUGAAAGGCGGAACCAAGACUACAAAGAUAUCAACGCCCGUGUUAACUUUAGGAAAAACCCACAAGCUAUCAAAGAUCAUGAACAAAUUUAUUGGUUAGGUGACUUAAAUUAUCGAAUAACCGACUUAACAAAUACGCAAGUAAAAACGUUGUUGCAGCGAAAUGAAAUAAAUACCUUAUUAAGGGCCGACCAACUUAGUCAGCAAAGGGAGAGGGGCAAUGUACUUCUUGAUUAUAGCGAAGGAGAUAUCACUUUUCAGCCCACUUACAAAUUCGACUUACACAGCGAUAUCUACGAUACCAGUGAAAAAGCAAGACCGCCCGCUUGGACUGAUAGAAUAUUAUGGAGAGGGAAAGGUAUACAUCAAAUUAGCUACAGGUCUCAUAUGGAUUUAAAAAUAAGCGACCACAAACCAGUCAGCGCACUAUUUAAGUCAGAAAUCAGUGUAAUCGAUCAAACCAAGUUCAGGAAAGUACAUGAAGAUCUGCUCAAAAAGAUGGACAAGCACGAAAACGAAUUUCUACCUCAGGUCAUGAUAGACCAAACCGAAGUUGUAUUCGAUUUAGUUAAAUUUAGAGAACCCCAAGCUAGAUAUAUAAUCAUUGCAAACACAGGAGUGGUGCCUGCAGAAUUUGAGUUUAUUAAAAAACUAGAUGAAGCUUCGUAUUGUAAAGACUGGCUUGGAAUCUUGCCUUUCUGUGGUAGUAUAAAUCCUGGUGAAAAAUGCGAUGUAAAAUUAGAAGUAAAUUUAGAAACAGAUCUAGAAUCAAUCUAUGACAUUUUAGUGCUUCACUUAAAAGGAGGGAAAGACAUGUUCAUAACCGUCACAGGCAACUGUCAAAAAUCGUGCUUCACGCAGUCUCUUUCGUCGCUAGUUAGAAUUCGAGUACCUAUAAUGCAGUCUAACCCUCAACAAUAUAAUUUAGCUCGAAACAACCAGUCUCCAAUACUUUAUUCAGUGCCAAGAGAAUUAUGGCUUUUAGUAGAUCAUUUAUAUAGGCAUGGCCUAAAAACGAGAGAUCUGUUUGAGUCCAGCGCCCUUCAUGAGGAACUAAUAAGGAUCAGGGAUUGGAUGGAUUUUGGAUCACAAGACCCAUUACCCGGGACUCCUCAAGCUGUAGCAGAAACUUUUGUCUUAUUUCUGUCAUACAUCAAAGAGCCUAUUAUACCAUUUGAACUCCAAGAUGUGUGUGUAGCUGCAGCUAGUAAUUUUCAAAAUUGCCGACAGUUACUUAUACAAAAACUCAAUGACAUUCACAGGACAGCUUUCAUUUACAUCUGUAUGUUCUUGCAAGAGCUCUUGAAACAUUCAAACGAUAAUGGUUACGAUGCAAAAACAUUGGCUUCAUUGUUUGGAGAUAUAUUACUAAGAGAUUCAAUUAGAAAUGCAAAACCGCAAGCCAGUAGAGGAAAAGCUAAUUUUAUGUAUAAUUUCUUAGUUAAUGAUUUGAGUGCUUUAUUAAUUCCAAAGUGAGUUGUUAUGUUAGAAUAUAAUAGGCAAAAUACAUUUGAAAAGCAAUAGGGUCAACAUGAAGUUGUAUAACAGAGAAACAUUGUUUGGGUUUAUAGAGAAUAGAAUAUUUAUGAUUUUCUAUAUCUGUAUGAAAAAUGACACAAAAAUAAGUCAUAUCAAGUCCAAUUUUGUUAUAAA